AUGUCCCAAACACCUCCCAUGUUUGGGCAGGCCCCCGGGGAAGACCUAGGACACUCUGGAGAGACUAUGUCUCUGGGCUGGCCUGGGAACACUUUGGGGUCCCUCGGAGGAGCUGGAGGACGUGUGCGGGAUGAAGGAAGUCCUUGCUCAGACUGUUACCUCCGUGACCCGGGCCCGAAUAAGCAGAAGAAAAUGGAUGAUAAGGACAGUGAUGCAGGGCCACAGCUGAGCGUGGAUCUGCAGCCACACACAGAGAGAGAGGAGGAGGCCGAGGGAGGAGUGGACCUGGUCUAUGCCCUCAACGACCGCCCGCCCUGGUACCUCUGCAUACUGCUCGGAUUUCAGCACUACAUAUUGGCUUUCGGUGGGAUUAUCGCGGUUCCUCUGAUUCUGGCUGAACCCCUGUGCAUCAAAGACAACAACGUGGCCAAGAGUCAGCUCAUCUCCACUAUCUUCUUCGUGUCCGGCCUCUCCACUCUGCUGCAGACCUGCGUAGGGACCAGAUUGCCGAUCCUUCAGGGCGGGACCUUCAGCUUCAUCACACCGACCCUCGCUAUCCUCGCUCUGCCUAAGUGGCAAUGCCCCGCCCCCAAGUCCAGCGCUCUGAUCAAUGGGACGGCAGGUUACCACGACGACGAAGUGUGGAUGUCACGCAUGAGAGAGAUCCAGGGAGCCAUCCUGGUCUCCUCUCUGCUGCAGAUCUUUCUGGGCUUCUCGGGGCUGGUGGGGUUUGUGUUGAAGUACAUCGGACCUUUGGCCAUCGCUCCCACCAUAAACCUGAUCGGCCUGUCUCUCUUCAUCGAGGCGGGGAAGAAGUCAGGGGGCCACUGGGGCAUCGCUGCUCUGACGGUGUGUCUGAUCCUCCUCUUCUCUCAGUAUUUGAGUAAAGUGGAUGUGCCCAUGAUCACCUACAAGGACAAGAAGUGGAAGGUGUUCCAGUACCCACUCUUCAAACUCUUCUCUGCGCUCUUUGGCAUGUGCGGUGGCUGGCUCCUCUGCUUCCUCCUCACAGUAUUUGAGGUGCUCCCGUCCAAACCUGAAGAGUACGGUCACUCUGCACGCACGGACAUCAGCCUCGACGCGGUCACUAACUCACCCUGGUUCCACGUGCCGUAUCCAGGUCAGUGGGGCUUGCCUACCGUCAGUGUCUCCUCUGUUCUGGGCAUGAUGGCUGGAGUCCUGGCCUCAACCAUGGAGUCCAUUGGGGACUAUUACGCCUGCGCCCGACUCUCUGGCGCCCCCCCUCCGCCCACACAUGCCAUAAACAGGGGCAUUGCGGUGGAGGGCAUCGGCUGUAUCCUGGCAGGGCUGUGGGGCACAGGCAACGGUACCACCUCCUACAGUCAGAACAUCGCAGCACUCGGCAUCACCAAGGUCGGCAGCCGAUUGGUCCUGCAGGCGACCGGGCUCCUCAUGAUCGUUUUGGGAAUUUUCGGAAAGUUCGGAGCGGUUUUUAUCACCAUCCCAGACCCUGUGAUCGGAGGCAUGUUUCUGGUUAUGUUUGGAAUGAUCGCUGCCGUGGGAAUAUCCAAUCUCCAGUACGUGGACUUGAACUCGUCUCGUAACCUGCUGAUCCUCGGCUUCUCCACCUUCAGCGGUCUGGUGCUGCCCACAUGGUUCCACUCCAACCCCGGCAUCAUCGACACAGGAGUGAAGGAGCUGGACCAGGUGUUUGUGGUCCUCUUCACCACUCACAUGUUCAUAGGAGGCUUCUUUGGCUUCAUCCUGGACAACACCAUCCCAGGCACAGAUAAAGAGCGGGGCAUUAAAAAGUGGAGGGACAGUGUGGGUUUGGUGGACAGUGAUGAGACCAGUGACCUGUCGUGUUACGAUGUCCCAUUCUGUGGAAGAGUCCUUAAACGCCUCACCUGGCUCCAGGUCCUCCCCUUCCUGCCCUCCUACAAGAACCGCCCAUGAGAAGACCACACACUCAGCUGAAUGAUAUUUUAUUAUUUUUGUAUGUUUCAUUAUUUAUGUCUGUUCAGAGGGUGUACAGUGGAGCAAUUAUUCACUGCAAAAAGAAGAUCUACAUAAGUAAAAAGUUGUAUAUGUAGAAACUUAA